AUGCAGGGACACGGAUGUCCCAUGGGGUUCAGCGUGACGUCGGGGGGACAGACCCGCAUCUUCAAGCCCAUCUCGGUGCAGACCAUGUGGGCCAUGCUGCAGGAGCUGCACCGCGCCUGCGAGGACGCUGCCCGUGGUGGGCACAUCCCGGGGGGCCCCACACUGGCCUGGGCCCACGACUACGCGGCGGCACUGAGCUCAGAGCAGAGCUGCCUCAACGAGUGGCUGGCCAUGGCUGACCUCGAGUCCGUGCGCCCUGCAUCGCCCCCACCCCUGCGNNNNGCGGCGACAGAGCUGUCAGAGCAGGCGGUGCGGGCACUGCUGCGGGACGUGAUGGCCACUGCUGACCUGGAGAAUGUCACCUCCAAGGAGGUGCGGGAGGAGCUGGAGCGGCGCACGGGGCACAGCCUGGCCCAGCACAAGGACUUCAUUGACAACGAGAUGCUGCUGGUGCUGGCACAGAUGGACCGGCCCUCACGCGUCUUCCCACACCUCUACCUGGGCUCCGAGUGGAACGCGGCCAACCUGGAGGAGCUGCAGCAGAACAAGGUCACUCACAUCCUGAACGUGGCACGGGAGAUUGACAACUUCUUCCCGGCGCUGUUCACGUACAUGAAUGUGCGGGUGUAUGACGAGGAGGCGGCCCAGCUCCUGCCCCACUGGAAUGACACCUUUCUCUUCCUCUCCCACGUUCGGUCA